GACACUCAUCAUUCGUUCAAGAUCAGUGAGUGAUAGUGAUGUCUCGAAGAACCAGUGAAACGUACGCAGUGCCGCUCAAACCCUCCAACUUGGAGAAGAGCUGCGGCCAGAUCUUCAGCAAAGGGCCAGCCCUCACCAGGGACAUCUUCGAAAAAAUGCAAAAGGACCGCAGACAAAUCAUGGGCUACGAAAUCGAGACCAAGCAGCUGUGGCUUCUGUCGGGGCUGCUUUUGUUGUUCAUCUUGAGCACGACGGGGAUGAUUGCGAUGUGGUUCACCGAAGCCUUCGACAAUGUGGUUUUUUCGAAUUUGGCGAUUCGCCCCAACCAACAAAGCUUCAACAUGUGGCAAAAACCCAUCCCGAAGCCCCUGGCCAAGAUUUACCUGUUCAACUACACGAACGUGCCCCAGUACGAAAUCGGGAACGCCAAAAAGCUGCACGUCGAAGAAUUAGGACCAUACGUAUACGAAGAAACUCUCGAACGGGUCAAUAUAAAAGUGAACGGUAGCCACCUCUCGUAUCAGGAGCACCGCGUCUACAAAUUCAUGCCGGAAUUAUCCAAAGGGCGGAAACAAAACGACCGAGUAAUCAUCCCCAACAUACCCUUAUUUACCGCCGCCGCCCUCAAUAAACACGCCCCUUUCCUAGCCCGAGUCGGUCUCUCCGGGCUACUCAACAGCUUGAACGCCCAACCCUUCCUGAGUCUACCAGCCGACAGGAUCAUCACCGGGUACGAAGAUAACCUCUACGCCCUCGCGAAAAGCUACAUGAAGCUACAAAACAAACACAUGAAAGAGCGCUUCGGUCUCCUAGGCAACGCCAUAGGCACCCGCGAUGACGUCGUCACAAUCAACAACGGCGAGACCGACAUUAAUCAAGUGGGAAGGUUUGAGCUAGUCAAUGGUGAGUCAAACCUCAACCAAUGGUCAACCGCCGAAUGUAACGACUUUAGUUCGUCCACGGAUGGCUCGAUUUUUUCACCCAAAUUAGUACGAAAUAGGCGCCCUCUUCAGGUUUAUUUGAAAGAUAUGUGUCGCCCUCUGACGUACGAUUUCCAAAAGAAAGUGACAAUACUCGAUGGAAAAAUCCCGGCUUAUCGGUACGCCCUCUCGAAUAAGGCGUUCGAUAGUCCAGAUAGGACCCCCUCGAAUCAGUGCUAUUGUGACUUGGACAACGCGUGCCCCCCUCAGGGGGUUUUCAACGCCACGUCGUGCUUCUUCGGGGCCCCACUUUUCAUUUCCUACCCCCAUUUUUAUAACGCCGAUCCGUCCCUAAAGCAGGCUGUGACAGGGUUAAAAUCGUCACCGGAGUACGAAAGCUACAUUGACUUGCACCCCACUUUGGGGUACACCAUGUCAGGGAAAAAUCGAAUCCAAGUCAACGUCCAAGUCAAUAAAGCCUUUGGGAUCAGUCAAGUGCAGAUGUUUGACGAUGGGACCAUCCUCCCGAUCGCUUGGUUUGACUACUCCUUGGAAGACAAGACCCUUCCAGAAGACAUGGUUGGGAUCAUUUUCCACUCCACUUUUACCCUACGGAGCGUGGAAAUGGGGUUGAAAUAUGGGUGCCUACUCACCAUGGGGGUGACCCUAUUUUGUAUUUUAUUGGUCCUGAAGAACCGCUGGACCAGAAGGGUUAGGACGAGUAGCAUAAGGCCGCUACGAACCGAAGAAGAACGGGUCUAACCCACAAUAUUAACCAUUUUUCUGUGAAAAAUGACCAAACUCCGUCCAAAAUUUGGACAACUACGUCAUAGUUGAACCAAGACUGAAUUUCCACCAUAAUUUUUAUAUUAAUAUAUAUAUAUUUAUAAAUAAAUAAA